UGUUGCUGCAGAAUUAAUUCUGUUAGCCAUGUUGGAAUAAUGACUUAAUUCAAAGAAUAGUGGCAUGAAAUAGACGGUUGAAGUUUAAAGAAAGACUUAUUUAAUAAAAGUGUUUUCCUCGAGUGUUUUUUUGUUUUUACUUUUUUUUUGCUGAACUGUUUUGUUGCUAAAGUUGCUGCUUCAGAAGCUCAGUAAAUGAGGUGUAACUGCCGACGACACUCAGUGGAAAUUUGAAGAUUAAUGGAGGAUUUAAAUUGGGACCCAAAGGGACAGAGUGGACCCGGGUCCAGUCCCAGGAAUACUGGGCCUGAAGCCGGAAUGAUUCUGGGAGGUGACCGGAAACUGGAGAGCCCUGAAGAUGUCCAGUCGGACACCUGGAGCUGUGUUGACUUCACCUGGAUCACUGAGUUCUUGAACAGCAAUGUGGGAAAGUAUCUGAGUGACCACCCCUUCAUCACACUGGUGCUGCUUGUAUUUAGUUUAACAGCCUCGGUACCUAUUGGGUUAUUCCUAGCAUUUUCUGCUGUUACAUUCAUCACUGUUACCACAUAUUGCAUCCUUGUUGAAGUUUUUCUGCUGAUUAUCGGAGGAGUCAUCUUGCUCUGUGUUCUCUGCUGUCUUGCCGUGGUGGCCUUUUGGAUCUCCUGUGUGAUAAGCGUCCUGUACGUUAUUAGCUCACAUGUCCUCAAUUACUCCAACAUUCCCAGAACAGCAGAAAGGACAAUCUCUGCAGGAGACAAGAAACAGAACACAGGAGCACAGAAAAAAACUUGAAUGACUGAGGGGAAUACAGCCCAUGCAUGUUUGUUGGCCACUGAGAAUGCAUAAAGCAACAUGCCUCGUUGUUUUAUUCCUUACAUAUAGGAUAUUUAAAAACAGUAUAUAUAAUCAUGCACCUGAGGGGUAAACUGUGCUGUGCCUCUACAGGGGUUCAAAUCCCAACUCUGAUCUGCGUGCAGAGUUUGUAUGGUUUCCAUGUGGUUCUUUGUUGGCCUCCCCAGUCCAAAGACAUGCGUUGUACGCUUAUUGGCAACUCUACAUUGUCUGUAAUGUGUGAAUGUGAUUUUGCCCUGUCCUUUCCUCUGGGAUAGGCUCAAGGCUCCCCUAAUACUGUAAGAGUUUCAUAAAUUGGAUGGUUGAAUAUUCUAUAAUAUUUCAGUUACAUGUUCAUUUGUUACAAUUGGCAAAUGUAGCCUAUUAUUCCAGGUCAGAAAUGUACUAUACCAGUGUCAACUGAGCCCCCAGAACUACAACUGGUAUUCUGUCAUUCAUUUUGUGCCACUUGUACAAACAGUGGCGCUUAUACUUUUAUAGUUCAGCAGUUAUUUGUGGAUUACUAACUUCUAGGAGGGUUUUUUCCUUUUAGAUGUUUACUGCAUGCUGUGCUUUGCAUACAUUUUGUGUAUGUAUGUAUGUAUGUAUGUGUGUUGCACCUACAUUUGACUCAUGAAUAUGUAUUUGUGUGUUUUGAUUAAAUAGCUCAAAGCC